AUGGAUGAUUUAGAAUUAUCUUUAAAAGUAUGUCAAGAUGCUGAUUCCAGUAAGAGACUAAGUGCUGAGGAAUUAAAUAAAAUUAUUAGUGAGGGAGAAAAAUUGCUUCUUUAUCAGCAAUUUAGACAACAACUCCAAACCCUAGAACAAGAAUACAACACUUUCUCCCAAAACACUCCCUACCAAAUCCAUUCCAAUGCCAUUACUACUAGCAAAAUGAUAGAUACUAAGGAAAUUACUCAAAAAUUACAAAGUCUAAAAAUUGGUUCUCAGCAAAUAGACUUUGAAAUCCCCGAAGAGGAACAAGAACAAUCUCAAAUAGAAAUCCCUCCAAAAAACAACAAUAAUUAG